UAUGAUAGUCCAGAAGCAGUUGUAGGACUAAUGCGGAUAUCAGCAUUCCAACCUUAUAUCUGGGGCAUCAACUUUAUUAUAUUAAGCGAUUAUGAGGAGCAUUAACUCUAUUUUAUUCGUGGUUAUUGAAGUCGGUCUCAAUGUUUUGUAUGUACGAUAUUACAUUAUUUACAAUAAGUGUAAUCCGUUUGUGUUAUAAAAACAAGAUUUAGAUGCAUGGAGCGCUUACAAAUCGGUUGUUUGCGCUCAGACGAUAAUUUUUCACCUACGGCUGACCUACAGGAAUUGCAUGGAGGUGAAAGGACGCGAUGCCCUAAAUAGUAUUACAUACACGCAGAGUAUAUUACAUGGUACACUGGGUGACCCCCAACAAUUUCUCAAAGAAUGUAUGUAACGUUCAACGAGUUCAAAAGAACCAUCACUCGUUCUAUGUAGUUUUAGCGUAGCCAAUAGACGCAUGGCUGCAGUAAAGUGAGAGGUGUGGAGUAUACCCGAGAUCGCGUAAUCGUGUGUUUGACACAUUGGUGAAGCAAGUUCAGGAUUUCUCCGGUUUGUAGGUUAAUGACAUCGUAUCAGUCUAGUAGUAUGUUGUAUUAGCUGUGAGGAUUUGCCGUCGAGGGAAGCGUUAUCGAGAAUUUCAUAGGGAUAUGAAAAUAAAUUCCUUCACUGUAUACGUUCUCCUUACCUGCGCUAUGGUCGCAAGAAAGUGGAAACAUAGUUUAUAACACAUACUUGUGUUAUGUUCGAAUGGAAACAUAAAUUUGUCGGUGAAACACUGAUGCUAUUACUUUCACUGCCGUAGCCUAAAUCUUCCGUAGAUUAGCGUUUUGUAAUGUAAAUGCCGCGAAAAGCGUAUGAAUGAAAAUACGGGCGCGUUAAUGCGUGUCAUGAAAGUGAAACUGAGUGAAAGUGAGCUGUAAAAGAGCUGGUUCAAGUUAGCAAUAAAUGGUUGUACGUUUUGAAGUCGAGUAGAAAUUUAAAGGAUGGCUCAAGAGCCAGAUGGAAUCAACCUAACUAACCAAGAAUUGCAAAUAUUGUCGGAACUUGACAGCCGUCAAUUCGGUUUCCUGAAGCUGAGUUCCCCAGAGCAAACCAAAAAGAAGGAAUUGGUUUUGAAGGCUGUCAAGUACCUUGAGCAGAUGCUUGUUCAAGCGCAAAAACAAAAAGAAUGCGCAAAACAUUUUGAAAAAAACGAAGCAUCUGCAGAUAAAGAAAUUAACAUUGACCCUAAAACUUAUUGCAAGUUGGGUCAUUUCCAUCUUCUCCUGGAAGACUAUGCAAAAGCAAUGUCUGCAUAUCAAAAAUUUUUUGGCCUUAAAGCUGACUAUUGGAAAGAUGCCUCUUUUUUAUAUGGGCAAGGACUGGUAUAUUUCCACUUCAACGCCUUUCAGUGCCUACUAUGGUUGAAUAUUGAAGAUCAUUACCAAAAAUUGAAGCACCACAUGGUAUCAAGAACAUAUGCCAUUACAGCAUCACCACCACCACCACCACCACGCCCACCACCACCCACCACCACCACCCCAACCACCACCACCACCACACCACCACCACCACCACCCACACCACCACCACCACCACCACUCUCUGGCUCCAUGAUUGUAGAUGGUUGUUGA